AUGUCAGCCAGCGUGCUUCUGUCCGUCCGAAUUGUCGGGAUCAUGUCCGUCGAGGAGAAGGAGAAUGUGGUCGAUCUCACAGUGUUGCGAGCAGAGAUCAAGAAGUGGGAGAAUGACUUCAAGAUCGCGCAUGGCAGGAAGGCCGGACGCGCAGACAUCAAAGGCGACGCGAUCAUAGAGGCAAAGUACAAACAGUUCAACGUCCUGACAGGCCGAAAGAAAGAGAAGCCCACAGCACCAUUACCACCCCCUCAGACUACUCCCCGGAAGACUACACGCCAUCCGGAGACGAAUCGCACCCUCAGCGAAAGACCUAAGCCUGUCGCGACACCACGAAAGACGCCUUCAAAGGCAAAGCCGAACGAACUACGACCUCCAGUACUAUCACCUGUGCAGGAGAUCGAAGCAACGCCGGCAUACAUUCGAGCAGCACUGGGGCCUACACCACAGAGAGAUGGACAAGUCCUUGGCAUAUUUGACACUGUCGAGGAAGACACGCCAGUGAAGCAUGCCGGGAAUGCUACAUCGGGUUUGGACACGAUCAUAUCUGGCACUCCGAGCAGAGCAGCACCUUCCUCGACAGAGCACCCGGUUUCCCGAACGCCGCAGUCUGUGGGCAAGCGACACUUUCUGGACGCAUUUGCCGGCACACCUCUUAAGCGUAAACGAGACGAUGAGACCGGCACGUCAAGCGCACUGAAGCGCAAAUUCGCGACGCCGUCGUUCCUACGACGAAGCUUUCCAUUGGCAUCUAUCGACGAAGAGACAGCGGAAGCUCCCAAGCAACCGCCCUUCAAGAAGCGAGGACUUGUCCGGAGUCUGAGCAGUAUCAUUCAAGGCCUCAAGAAGCAGGAAGAGGAGCGCAUGGACGAUGAUUGGGAUAUACUUCAAGAGAUUGAGGAGGAAGAGGAAGGAGACGAAUCAAAGAAAGCGCCUCCAAAGGUUCUGGUGCCGGAGAGCCAGGGCGUGGACAUGCCUCUUGGGCCAGAUCAAGGCGUUGAGUCGAGCGACGAGUCUUCGGGUCCGGAUGAAGAAGCGAAGGCACGAAAGCCAUGGAAGAAGAAGGGUCUCAAGAGACAGACGAGACGCACCAACAUGAAGCCUGUUCUGCACAAGGCAAAGAAGGCAGAUGAGGUCGCAGAACAUCCAGAAAGCGAGAGUGAGCUCGUUGCAGAAACCCAGCUGCGAGAUGCACCAGGAGAUGGCGAAGAUGGCAGUGAUGCAGAUUCAGCAGAAGGAGAAGGCAAGACCAAAGCGAAGAAGAAGCAAGCAUCAAAGAAGACAGAGGCUGCAACAGACAGCAAAGCGAAACGAAAGGUCAAACCAGAAGCACACGCGAAUUACCGAGCGCUGAAGAUCAAGAGUAAGAACUCGAAGGGCAAGGGUGGAGGAAGGAGGUUCGGCCGACGGUAG